UAAUAAACCCAACGUGGUAUUAUUUAAACGUGAAUAACCUACCAGUACACUAAACUAACACACAAUAUUUAAAGAUAUGAGGAAUAAAAAUUCGUCUGCUGUCAUCGUCUGUAUGAAAGGGUACAAUAUAAAGUAUAGCAUCGCGUGAUGCGCCGUGGAUGACGCUGGUUCAGCGCACUACGGAAAGCACGAAGUGUCUCUCUCGGGAUCGCCGCCCGUUACCGGGAGAUCUCGUCGUCUUCGGCUCAGUUCGCGCGGUUCACGUGACGCGCGCGCGUCUACGAACAGUAAAAAUGCCAGGUGGAUCAACCCUUCGGCAGUGCACCCAUUGCCUGGAAAAGAUCAAUUGUGCCAAUCGAAGAUGCCCCAAGUGCGGUAAGCUGCUGGGCAUGAAGUCCAGGCAGACGGCUCGUAUGAAAGCCUUCCGGACCAGAGCCAAGGAAUGGGCACGGAACGUCAAAAAGUCACACAAUCAGGCAAAAAUCUUCGACAACAGUGCCCUGCUGGUGGAAAAACUAAAGGCCCUUGGGUACUUUCCCCUCCUGCUGUGGGGAAAGUACAGACCGCAAAAUAAAAAGUGGAUUGUCCAGUUGCAGUGCCCAUUUGAGCUACCAGUGGUAGUACAUGAGGUUCUGGAGAAGAUAGUGUGGUUAUUUGAAGGUUUAUUAGAAGCAUGUGAUCCUGAAAGAGUGGAGAUGGGGCAGCAAGAGAGGACAGGAGACGAUGAGGCUGAAGGAGACCAGAGCGGACGGGGGGAGCACCGUGAAAUAGGACAGACUGAGAGGAGGGAAAUGCUGGAUGCAUGGAUAGACAGAGGAGAGAUGGAGGGACAGAAAGACUUCGAAGAGCUGAUACUGAUGGAUAUAGAGGAGAUGGAAGCAGACAAGAAAAGACAACACACAGAGGAAGUGGGGAAAAAAGAGACUGAGGCAAAGAAGAAAGUAGUAGCAGCAAACAGGCGAUGUGAAGAACCAGAAGAAGCUGAAGAUUCUGAAGAUAAAACUUCAGGUCCUUCCUCACCCAGAUCAGCUUCUUUGACAGCAAUGAGCCCUUUCAAUUUAAUCACCAUUUUACAAUCUGCUUCUAGCCCCUCGGACAGCAUUCCAGUCAUUUCAAAGGUGACAUCAGACCCCACUCCUAAAAGAACAAAGAGAAGUCCAGGUUUAUCCCAGAGCAAACCUGUACAACGGGCAAGACCGUUAUACGAGUACUGUAGCAACAUACCGGGUAGUCCAUCAAUAUCUGCAGCUACAUCAGAUGUCAUAACCUCACUUUUGACAGUUGCAGACAUUGAUGGCAUUAAAGUUAUUGAAGAAACCAACAGCACGCCAAUUACCAAACCCUUUGACCUUUCUAAGGUGAAGAUGGAAGAAAAGACCAGCGACGAUGCACCAAGUUUAUAUAUUGAGUCCAGUGAUCAUGGUUCCAUAAAACCUGAAACUGAAAACACCAGAAAGGAAAGGAUGGAAACCUCAACAUUCAAUGGCCAAACAAGCAUAAAAACUCAAACAGAAUGUUUGAUUGUAAAGGUGGAGAAAGACGAGCAGAUAAGAAAGGAAGAAGUUGAGAUCAAGGAGGAGGAGACUGAGAGUGAUGUGUGGAUGGAACAGAGCACUAAUGAGGCCGAAAGUAGGAUAAAAAACAAUACAGAAAUAAUCAAAGGCCCCAUGGAAGUUGAGAGGUGUAGUGGCAUAGAAGUUUCAGGACUAAAUCUUAAAAGACUAGAGGAGAUACCUAAGGAGACUAAGAUCAGUUUUGAACAACAUGAAAAGUCAAAUGUAGAAAACCAGGAAGAUAUGACGUAUAUAACACACUUUAACACGUUCUCUGUACAAUCCACACACUGCAUCAAAGAGAUUAUGAAAGAGAGGGAUGAGUUAAAAAUUAAACACGAGGUGUUGUUGCAAAUCAAAGUUGAGAAAGAAGCACAGGACAAGGUAUUUUGUGACCGGUUCAAAGCUGAGGGGCAGGAACACUCGUCAACAACAAAUGAAAAUGUAGAUGACAAAUUGGCUCUUCAAAUGGACUUGCUUCAAAGGGAGCUGGAGAAGUGCAAUGAUGAAUGCAAUGAACUAAGAAGAAAGCUGGAGAGCUUGGAGCAGGAGAACGUCUGUGAGCUGUUGCAGAAGGAAGUAGAAGAGCUGAGGAAACAAAGAGAGGAGUGGAUCAAUGCAAGAGAACCAGAGACCAUGAAGGACAAUAACACUAGUUCAGGACAAACAUGCAGAGCAAGCACGGCUGCAAACCUUGACAAUGGGUUCAAAAAGGAAGAAAAGAGCAGUGAAAGACCUGAGGAGGGAGAGAACAGCGUCACAUUGGCCAAGUUGAGGGAGCUGAGGUGCAGCAUCGCCCGUUUAUUGGUCACUUUUGUUCCUGCCCUGGACCUCGACCUUGACCAAGUGAACUAUGACUGUGAGGUCAUAGAUGAGAUUUUGAAACAGGUCAUACAAGAGAUUUACCCUGCUGAGACCGCCUUCAACUGUUAGUCUAGGUCUAGGUUAUUGUUUUGUGCAUGGAGAGCAAAUACUAUUAAAUUAAUUUUCAUUUAUUUACAAGUUUUCCUGAUUAACACUUGCAAUACUUUGGGCAAGUUUUGCAUUAUAAAUUAUAGAAUUAUGUGAAUAACAUUUGACCUUUUUGUCACAAGGCUUAUAAAUGUUGAGCCAUUUCAUGCCACUUUGAUGUACUUCUUUUGAUAUGCAGUUGUUUAUUUACCACGUAUAAAUGUUUGUAUACACAAUUGUGAGUUGAAGUGUUACAGACAGUUUUGUGUAUAAUAUUGUACAUAGUGCCUUUUUUUGGGGAAAAAAAAAGGUUAUAUAUUAAAUACGUUUCAUAGUUGUUUGAUUUAA